GCGCCCCGCACUCGAAUGGCAGGCCAGCGGUAUUCUGCGCAUGCACCAUGUCCUCCCAAUAUUUGAAGGCAGUGAUUUUCGACGUCGGCGGCGUCGUAUGCCGUAGCCCCCUCCUUGCCAUCUCCGCCUAUGAGAGAGAGCAUGGAAUCCCAAACAAUUACAUCAACUGUGCAAUAACCGGGCGAGGCGCACAUGGCGCCUGGCAGAAAUUCGAGCGAGGUGAAAUGCCCUUGUUCUCGUUCUACGGGGCGUUUGGGCGCGAACUAUCGGACACUACCGUGAACAACGUUUGGUAUGCGGAGUACUGCAAGCGGAAGGGUUUUGAGUGUCCCAGGCUCCCCGAGUCGCUCAAUAUUAAUGGAAGAGAGCUGUUUGGUCGCAUGAUGCGCGAAAGUGGAGCGUUCGACGACGUAGUGGUCAAGGCCAUUCACCGUAUUAGAGGCGUUGGCAGAUGGCGUGUCAUCGCGCUCACGAACAACUUCUCGAAAGCCGACGCUGACAGCAUCGGGGAAGCACUCCCGUCGGCGGAGGAGCAUCCCGACUUUACCGUAGAAUCAGAGCUCGCAUUCCUAGGCUGGGAGGAAGGCCCGACCCCCCCUCGACUGCGGGCUUUGUUCGAUGAUUUCUGCGACUCCAGUACUCUGGGAAUGAGGAAACCGGAACCUGAAAUUUAUCUCCUGGCCUGCAAGAGAAAUGGGAUACAGCCACACGAAGCCGUCUUUCUAGACGACCUCGGGAUGAACCUCAAAGUAGCUCAGACGCUUGGAAUGGAGACGAUCCACGUGCCCAUUGGGAAAUCGUUCGGCGCGAUCAGAGUGUUGGAGGAAAAGUUGGGCAUCGACCUGACUGGUGACGGUGAAGGUGCCAGCCAAGUAUCUCACAAACUCUAGCAAUUGGUCAUCUUGUUGCCCUUGUCGUGUAGACCGUAUGCUGCGCAAGACACAUAUCGGAGAGCUAUG